AUGGUCAAGAUCAAACAGUCUCUAAUCCUUGUUUUGUUGUAUUUUUGGGGGGACUCGCUGGCAGGGUUUCCAAAUCAGAUCAACAUUGGUGGACUGUUCAUGCGCUCUACAGUGCAGGAGCACAGCGCCUUCAGGUUUGCUGUCCAGCUGUAUAACACCAACCAGAAUGUGACGGAGAAACCCUUUCACCUCAAUUACAAUGUUGACAACCUGGAGUCCUCAAACAGCUUCUCUGUCACACACGCCUUCUGCUCUCAGUUCUCCCGGGGAGUUUACGCCAUCUUCGGCUUCUACGACAGAAAGUCCAUGAACACGCUGACCUCCUUCUGCGGGGCGCUGCACACCUCCUUCAUUACACCCAGCUUCCCCAUCGACGCUGACGUGCAGUUUGUCAUCCAGAUGAGGCCUGGUUUGCGAGGAGCUGUUCUCAGUCUCCUGGACCAUUAUAAGUGGGAGAAGUUUGUCUACCUUUACGACACUGACAGAGGUUUUGCGAUCCUCCAAGCCAUCAUGGAGUCCGCUGUGGCCAAUAACUGGCAGGUGACGGCUCGCUCAGUAGGGAACAUCGUGGACCCCACAGAGUACAGACGCAUCAUUGAGGAGAUGGACCGCCGGCAGGAGAAACGCUUUCUAAUUGACUGUGAGGUGGACAGGAUCAACUCGAUACUGGAGCAGGUGGUGACCUCGGGAAAGAACGGCAGAGGAUACCACUAUAUCCUCGCGAACCUGGGCUUUUCCAACAUGAGCCUGGACAGGGUUAUUUCUGGUGGAGCCAACAUCACAGGCUUCCAGAUCAUCAACCCAGACAGCCCCAUCGUCCAGCAGUUCCUCCAACGCUGGGAGCGCCUGGAUGAAAGAGAAUUUCCAGAAGCCAAAAACACUCCACUGAAGUACACAUCAGCACUAACCCAUGAUGCCAUCCUCGUGAUUGCUGAGGCUUUCCGGUAUCUUCGUCGCCAGCGAGUGGACGUGUCUCGCAGGGGGAGUGCGGGUGACUGCCUUGCCAACCCUGCUGUGCCCUGGAGCCAAGGCAUCGACAUAGAAAGAGCCCUUAAAAUGGUCCAAGUGCAAGGUAUGACGGGAAACAUCCAGUUUGACACAUUUGGUAGAAGAUCUAAUUACACAAUUGAUGUGUAUGAGAUGAAGUCAGGAGGCCCCAGGAAGAUCGGCUACUGGAAUGAGUACGAAAAAUUUGUAUAUAUAAUGGAUCAGCAGGUCACCAACGAGUCCUCUUCUGUGGAAAACCGAACAAUUGUGGUCACUACUAUUAUGGAAGCUCCGUAUGUGAUGUACAAGAAAAACUAUGUGCAGAUGGAUGGGAAUGACAGAUAUGAAGGCUACUGUGUCGAUUUAGCUUCUGAAAUUGCAAAGCAUGUGGGGAUAAAAUAUAAGCUGUCAAUAGUUCCGGAUGGGAAGUACGGAGCCAGAGAUCCAGAGACCAAGACGUGGAACGGGAUGGUGGGUGAACUGGUUUAUGGGAGAGCUGACAUAGCCGUGGCUCCCCUAACUAUAACGCUGGUACGGGAGGAAGUGAUAGACUUCUCUAAGCCCUUUAUGAGCUUGGGAAUCUCCAUUAUGAUUAAGAAGCCUCAAAAGUCCAAGCCCGGGGUGUUUUCCUUCCUGGACCCACUGGCCUAUGAGAUUUGGAUGUGUAUAGUUUUUGCCUAUAUUGGCGUGAGUGUGGUGCUCUUCCUGGUCAGCCGUUUCAGCCCUUACGAAUGGCAUCUGGAUGAGAACGAUGAGGCCAAAGACCCUCAGAGCCCUCCAGACCCUCCAAAUGACUUUGGGAUUUUUAAUAGCCUGUGGUUCUCCCUGGGCGCCUUCAUGCAGCAAGGAUGCGAUAUCUCACCAAGGUCUUUGUCUGGGCGUAUCGUUGGAGGAGUGUGGUGGUUCUUCACCCUCAUCAUCAUCUCUUCCUACACAGCAAACCUGGCUGCUUUCCUCACAGUGGAGAGGAUGGUUUCUCCAAUUGAAAGCGCAGAGGACCUGGCUAAGCAGACAGAGAUCGCUUAUGGGACGCUAGACUCAGGCUCCACAAAGGAGUUUUUUAGGCGCUCCAAAAUAGCAGUUUAUGAGAAAAUGUGGUCAUACAUGAAAUCAGCUGAACCUUCAGUGUUUGCCAAGACAACACCAGACGGGGUUUCUCGGGUACGAAAGUCGAAGGGCAAGUUCGCCUUUCUUCUCGAGUCCACUAUGAACGAGUACAUAGAGCAGCGGAAGCCAUGUGACACCAUGAAAGUUGGCGGAAACCUCGACUCUAAGGGCUACGGUGUGGCUACACCUAAAGGCUCUGCAUUAAGAAAUGCUGUUAACCUGGCAGUGUUAAAACUGAAUGAGCAAGGCCUCUUGGACAAAUUGAAAAACAAAUGGUGGUACGACAAGGGAGAGUGCGGCAGCGGGGGAGGUGACUCUAAGGACAAGACAAGUGCACUAAGCCUGAGCAACGUGGCAGGAGUCUUCUAUAUUCUGGUGGGAGGGCUUGGCCUGGCUAUGACUGUGGCUUUGAUAGAGUUCUGCUAUAAGUCAAGGCAAGAAACCAAAAGACUGAAGCUGGCAAAGAAUGCUCAAAACUUUAAGCCAGCCCCUCCGGCAAACACCCAGAAUUUUGCCACGUAUCGUGAAGGCUACAACGUGUAUGGGACAGAGAGUGUUAAAAUCUAG